GAGGUGAGGUGAGACGAGGUGAGACGAGACAAGGCGAGGCCAGGCCAGGCCAGGCCAGGUCAAACUCUAUCCUCUGACCUCAAAUCCCCUAGCAGUUGCUGGUACCUGCAGCCCAGACCUAUAAUUUCCAGGCAGAGAGGCCUACACACCCUGGCCGGAGCCGGCCCGGAGCCGAUCCGUACCUAACUAUAUAUUUCUAUUACGCUUUGGAAGCGUUUGACGCUUGCGCACCUUCACUCACACCGGAGAGGAUUCAAAGUGGGCUGAGAGAAUGAAAGAGAGAAGGAGAUAGAAUGAAAUAUUCUUAUACAGUGUGUCACGUCUCACGACCCGCGCGGGUGUCGAUCCGUUUACAAGUAUAUAUUCAGCACGUAACUCUCGGCAACAGAGACUUUAAGAAGAACUAGCUAAGACUGUGUUUUCGUUGGAGUGGAUGAAAUCUAUCAAAGGUAGAUCAUCAUGUUUGCGAAAUCUAAGAGCAGCAGUUCGUCGUCCCAUUUUCAAUUAGCAAAUCCAAUAAGAAAUUUUUGUGAUAUUGGAAAACAAACCGCUACUGCGGGACCGGAACAUGUUUGGCGUAUCUAUGAUGCUUACCGUAAAGAAGAUGGAAAGGAAGUUUCCGUAUUUUUCUUCGACAAACGUUCGGUGGAAAAACUUCACAAACCAAAACGCAAGGAAAUUGUUACCGAAAUAUUACGCUAUGGUGCUAGAGAAUUGCAACGUUUUUCCCAUCCAAAGAUAUUGCAGGUAUAUAAAGUUGAAGAAUGUCCUGAAACGUUAGCUUUUGCUUCAGAACCAGUUUUAGCUAGUCUUGCUAACGUUUUAGCUUCUCAGGAACAACAAGAACUUAACAGGCAAAAUUUGUCGCAAAGCAAUCGUCCCUGUUACGUGAAAGAUUAUGAAUUAUUGGAUAUCGAAAUUAAAUAUGGUUUGUUACAGAUUACCGAAGCAUUGCUAUUUCUGCAUAACAGUUGUCAUCCGAAAAUUCUUCACAGAAACGUAUGUCCGAGUAAUAUUAUAAUAACUAAAAGAGGAACGUGGAAACUUGCUGGAUUUGAAUUUAUAAAGGUGAUCAAUAAAAUACCAUUUGAUAUAAAACCAUGGACAAGUAGUAAGUCAAAGAUGGCACAACCAAAUUUGGAUUAUUUAGGUAAGAAAAUAAUUAAAUUGAUUGGACAAUUUUCUUCUACUUUCGUGUCGGGUUUUGUUAUAGCACCGGAAACUCAACAAAAAGAAUUAGAUUGUUUUGCUAGCGACAUGUAUAGUUUUGGAAUGACAAUGUGUGCUAUAUUCAAUCAUGGCAGACCUUUGAUUCAAGCAAAUCACAAUUAUACCGAGUACCUGAAACAAAUGGACAAUCUCGACGUUCAGGUAGAACUUUUUCUACCCUCGGUAACACCUCCACUAAAAGAAGCAAUAUCAAGACUUCUGCAAAAGGACAUUAGUCUAAGGCCUACAGCUCAAGUUUUAUCGAUGAUCAAAUAUUUCCGGGACCCGCUAGUGCACGCCUUUCAAUUUCUGGAUGUUAGCAAGUUAAAGGACUUAUCGCAAAAGGAACAUUUUUAUACGACGACCCUGAAGGAAUUUUUGCCGUAUGUACCGAAGAAACUAUUGUAUCAACACAUUUGGUGGUAUCUUCGGGCUGAGUUGCAGACCCAGGAAGUCUUAUCGGCGGUCCUGCAGCCGAUCUUAUACAUCAUUGAAAAGAGUACUAAAGAAGAAUUCGAGAAAAUAAUCUUUCCAACUCUGAGACCACUCUUCUUGAACCGAAAAUCAAUUAAUGGUACCGUUACAAUGUUAGAAAAUUUACAUGUAAUAUUGAAGAAGACCCCCGAGGAAUACAUAGAUUCGGAGGUUUUACAAAUGUUGUAUACCAGUUUUGAAAAUUCAACGAUACAAGUGCAGACGGCCGCUUGCAUAGCCGUGACCAAAGUAACAGAUUAUAUCAACGACGAUGCUAUAAAAACAAUAAUACUACCGAAGAUACUCCAGGCCUUCGACAACAAGACUGUCGAUGAAUGCGAAUUGAUGAAAGUGAUUUACUGUAUUUUAAAUCGACUCGAGAAACAAAAGAUCAUAGACUACGUUUUACCCCUUCUCAGCAAGGUUAAUCUCCAAGAACCCGAGAUUGUUGUUCGGGUUGUAAAUAUUUACACGUUGAUGCUCACCGAUAAAAAAUACGGUCUUUCCGUUAAUUGGAUGGCAACUCGUGCGUUACCAUCGUUGCUUCCGCAAACUGUCAAUCCUGGAUUAAAUUUGGAUCAAUUCGUAUUACUUUUUCAAGUUUUACAAGAAAUGUUGAAUCACAUAGAAAGGAAUCAAAGAAAUAAACUCACCUUAGAUAAUCUAUCUUUACCGAGUCCGGACAGAUUUCGAACUUUUCGACAUCAGCAUAGUACGGAUAACAUGCAUGUUCCACCAUUCAACAUUCCGAAUUUACGUAUCGAUCAACGGAAAACAUCAUCUGCCGAAGAUAUGGCGAGAAAAAAUAGCAUGACUGAACCAGAUAGGACAGCAUCUGCCGAAAAUAUGGCCCGAAAAAAUUCAAUAAUAUCCAAUUUCGGAGGGUGGUUUACAUCAACGGUGAACGAUAGUAAUUUCUUAAAAGUGCAUAACGCUUUCACGAGUAGACGUCUUUCGGAUAAUACAUUAAUGACACCUAAAAUACGCGUAGCACCCUCUUGCGCAAGUUCACCAGGUGGAACACCUGGUGGUGGUUUACCAAUACGUCGUCAUUCGACUCAGGAACGACGUGGAUCAACUAUUAAUCUUUCACCGCCGACGGGAGGUGGAAUGCCAAUAACAAGUAGUAGCGUGCCGUAUCUUCUCAGUUCGAGUAUGAAUAGUGUCCGAGGAUCAAGACGUCCCUCGGUAUCAUCAACGUCAUCCCAACAAGGACUCCUUCACCAGGUUGGCACCAGCAUGGUAAGACAACUACCCCCAAUCUGCCUCAAUGGACUACCACCACCACAACCAACACUUUCUCCAUCACUCCAGCUACCGGGACAACAUUCCCACUGACCCUUGGUUACAGUUAUCAGUUCUUCAAUAGACAAACCGACGCAUGAAAUGUACAAUCAGAAAGAAAGGAGAGAUAGGAGAACGAUCGUUAAAUUAUACUUCCAAAAUAGAAGAAUAAUCAUCUUUUUGGUGAAUUUGAAUGCAGUACAACGUGCAAAAUGUAAACGUAAAUUGCAUUUUCUAAUGUUUUCGACAAUUUGGUACGAUCAGGGUUUGGAUGAUAUAGGUUGUACAAAUUCGAGCCUUGCUAAGAGAAAGUAUUUGAUGUCACAAUGAGAUAUGAGAAAAUAGGAAUAUACAAAUUCAAUUCCAUUUCGAAGAUUGAUCUAUUACUUUUAAUUUAUUCGAAAAAGUCUCUAAUUCUUUUUUUUAAAAUACAUAUUUUACAUUUUUCAAUCGAGAAUUCUGAUUAAAUGGAGAAAUACACCAUAAUUACAGCGAGAAUGGUCGUUUUUAAGUAGGCUAACUUUCUUCUUCUUCUUCUUCUUCUUCUUCUUCUUC